UCAACAAUCGGAUAAUAAUCAAUAGCCACAUUUUUUUUUGAAUUUUAUAGAAGGGUUAAUAAAAUAAAUGUUUAGUGCAACUAUAUAUAAGAAAGUAGACGUUAGGCCCAAGCAGUAAGCUAGUAAGCUACUGAAUAAUACGAUUAAUAAAGUUCACACAAUUACUUCUGUACAAUUUACAUUUUACGUAUAGUACUAUACGGUGUAGACUGUAGAAAAGUUAAAUGAUAUUAAUAUAUUAUUAAAAUAAUUUAAAUUAAAUAAAGAUUCAUAUUUUUACUUUUAAUUAAAAUACCGAGUACCGGCGAUAUUUUUACUAUAUACUUAAAAUGAGUUUUAUAACUAAUACAUUUUAUGGUGGAUUAACCGCUGGUAUACUGAUUGGUCUGACUUUUGAUAUGAUUAAGAAUUAUAUUCUUAGGACUAAAUGGACAAGUCAAAAUGAAAAAAGUGUGUGUGAAAGUCAACAGCCCAAAUCGUUAAUAAAUCAAAAAGGAGAAUUCAAAAUGGCGUUAUUGGUUCGUCAUGAUUUAAAAAUGGGAAAAGGCAAAGUUGCAGCACAAUGCUCACAUGCAAUUGUGCACUGUUAUGAAGAAGGCUUGAGGUUAAGACCAAAAGAAAUUAAUAGUUGGGAGUCAAACAAUAAGCCAGUGAAUAUAUUCAAGGUAGCAGAUGAAGAAACUAUGUUAGAAUUUCAGCAAUUGGCCAUUGAAAAAGGAUUCAAUACCUAUGUAGUAGUAGAUGCAGGUCGUACACAGGUCGCGCCCAGAUCUAAAACGGUGAUGGCUAUAGGCCCAGUUGAAAGUGAGUGUGCAGUUGUAUCAGUUAUUGCGUACAAUAAAACUAAAUUACGCAAUCUACCCUCCAAAUGUGCUAGAGUUGUUUUACGUGCACCAGAUUUAAAAACAUUAGAGUGUAUUCAAAAACAAUGCAAGUUAUUUGACAUUCCAACAGCAACUUUUACUGAAAACGAUCAAAUAACAGUUUUAGCGAUUGGUCCAGCUAAUGAAACUUCUAUAAAUGCUCAAGUGUGCAGUUUAAAAUUAUAUUAAUAUUAUUUACUAUUAAUACUUCAAUAGUAAAUAUUUCCAUGCUUUGUACUUUACCAUCUAUUAAACAAUUAUUGAAAAGUGUUUACAAUUAAAAUAUAAUGAACAAAUUAUAUUUUAUCUAACUAACCAAAGUAUACAUAAUACAAUGUACAAAAGUUUGCCUUAUACUUUAAACAUAUACAAAUAAUAUAAUUGUUAAAUAAAAAUAAAACUAUUAAACUAUAUAUUUCUAAUA